CUGACCCGGAAGCGCAUGAUUCUCCGCCCGUAGCCUCGGCGAUGGCGGAGUGGAAGGAGGAGGUGGAGGUGCUGGUGCAGCGGGUGGUGAAGGACAUCACUGGCGCUUUCCGCAGGAACCCCAACAUAGAUGAAAUCGGCUUAAUUCCAUGUCCUGAAGCAAAAUUGAAUCGCAGUCCCAUCGUUCUGGUGGAAAAUAAACUAGGAGUGGAGAGCUGGUGCAUCAAGUUCCUGCUUCCUUAUGUACAUAACAAGCUCUUGCUCUACCGGCAGAAGAAACUUUGGCUUAAUAGAGAUGAAUUGAUCGAUGUGACGUGCACCCUGUUAUUGCUGAACCCAGACUUAACCACUGCAUGGAAUGUCAGGAAAGAAUUGAUCCAGUCUGGAGCCAUCAACCCAGAGAAGGAUUUGCAGCUUGGAAAACUGGCUUUGACUAAGUUCCCUAAAAGCCCUGAAACAUGGAUUCACAGGAGAUGGGUAUUGCAGCACCUUCUUCAGGAGAACAUUCCUCCCUCAGUUGUGAAUAAGGAAGCACAGGUGCUCACCGAACAGCUCCAAGGUAUUGUCCGUGAAGAGAUGAAUGUCUGCUGUGAAGCAUCAGGAAGAUACCCAAGCAACUAUAAUUCUUGGUCCCAUCGAAUUUGGGUUCUGCAACAUUUGGGGAAACUAAAUGUCAAGCUUCUUAUAGAUGAGUUGUCUUCCACAAAACACUGGGUCUCCAUGCAUGUAUCAGACCAUAGUGGUUUCCAUUAUCGUCAGUUCCUGCUGAAGUCUUUACUCUCCAGAGCACAAACGGACUGUGAAACGUCAAGCAGUGCAAGUCUUCCCAGAGAAGAGGAGGUUCCUAGGCCGGAUCUCCCACUCUUGAUAGAAGAAGAACUGGAACUAAGUAGCGAUCUUAUAGAGUCUUAUCCAGGACAUGAAGCUCUGUGGUGUCACAGGCGUCAUCUCGUUGGCUUGGUUCAUCAACUGCACAAUGAACAAUCUCAUGUGGAACCCUCUCAAGUCACAAGUGUGGACACGGCUGCUGUUAGCACAGGAAAGGAAUCACAGCACCUCUGCACUGAUUUUUUGGGAUACCACACAAACACUAUGGAUGUCGAUGGCUGUGACACAAGCAAGCAGAGCUAUACCCAAGAAACUAAACGUCUAAAGCGCGCUCCUGUCCAAGACUCUCUUAUAUACGAAUCCGAGCUCAGGUUCAUUAGUUGUAUUUUGUCCAGCUGCCGAAAUGCUGAGCAGUCCAGGUUUGCUGCUUCGUACAGAAAAUGGCUCCUGUCAUUGCUAGGUCACUAACCAUGCUCGCUGCAUUAUGUAUGGAUUACUUACAGUGCAAUAUCUUUCUUUCCAUUAGCAGUGAUUUGAAUGGUUCCAAAGUCUCUGAACCAUCUUCUUCUCACUUCAUAGGACUCUACAGCAAGAUUUUUUAUUUAAUUUUUUUUCCCCACAAUUUUGUUUCCCAUUUUUAUUUAAUACGAUGAUGGAAAGAUGAGAUUUAUCUUUAUACGAUGCCUAUGCCUUUGAACAUGGCAAAAUCAUUUCAAACUGUUACAAGUAAAUAGCUAUUUUAGUUUGUAAAAUCAAAUUCAUUCUGGGUGUUGGAAAUUCCAAAAUGUUUUAGGUAAAAGUUACAACUGUCCCCUUUAUCUUACUAAGGCUCCAUUCAGACAUCCGUAGAAUGGGUCCGCAUCAAUUCUUGUCCGCAAUUGCGGACAAGAAUAGGCAUUUUUGCAGGGGUGCCGGCUGGGUGUAUUGCGGAUCCGCAAUGCACUACGGACGUGUGAAUGGAGCCUAACAAGGGAGGUUUGGAUGAAGUGUUCAGUCCUCCUAUACUUCACUGUACUGUAGUGUUUUUUUUUUUGUUACUUUUUUUUUUUUUUUUUUUUCCCUGGAAUAAAGAAACUAUGGAGACAUUGGAUGAACAAAGCAUUUUGAAGAAUUGCAGAUUUUCUGGUAGCUUGAAGCAGAGAAAGUGGGCUGUCUGGACUUCAGCAAACCACUUAAAAUGUCAGCCUGCAUAAAAUACCUAGGUCGUCAUGAGAAGCUAAACUUCUACAUUAGAAUGGUGGGGAUGAAACCUUGCAUGUUUUAAUUUUAUUUUGGCUUAUUUGAGUAAACCACAUGAGGUUAAGAGGAACCUGUCUCCUGGUUUGGGGCCACUAAACCACUAGCAUACCAUUAUGCAACUGGAGUUCAAGGUCCCGAACUAGCCCCUAUCAAACUUGUCUGUCCCUGCAAAGUGUAAUAAAUGGUCUAACUUACCUGGAGUUGAGUCUGGGUCUGUUCUCCAGUGGCAAGAGGCGCAUGAUGCUGAUGAAAACGAGGAACAGUACACCUUGCUUGACUGCACACUCCCACCACAUUGGGCUCCUACUCGGUGAAGGAAGAUCUACCAUCCUUGGCUUUCUCUGUGCAAGUGUCCAGUGCUGCUGGAGGUAAAUCCAGGACUUAUUUCCUGGAAGUGGUAUGUUCAUUUUCUAUACUUUGCAGGGAUGAAUGGGUUUAAUAUGGGCAGGUUUGAGACCCAAGUUCCAUAAUGGUAUGCUGGUUGUUUAGUGACCCCUAAGCUUGGUGACAGGUUCUCUCUAAGUAAACAAAGUACAAUAGAAACUGACGCCAAUAGUUAUAUCUUAAAGAAAUAGUUAUACAUCUGGGUAUCUUGUGGCUUUUUAAGACUACUUUAUGCCCCCAAUCAUUACUAACUCUCGAAUAUACAGUGCUUAUUGGACUGUUCUAGGUUCUUUAUACUUUAAAAGGAGUCUGCCAUGUCAUUUUUACCAAUACAACUUACAGCAUUGGCCCACCGAAGAUUGCAAAUGCACUCCAGACAUACCUGUGUGUACUUUGUGUCUUUAUUUCAUGUUCAAAAAAAGCACUUUUAUUCUGCUUGAAAACAGCUCCUAAGUUCCCAGCUGGGAAGGCUUUGCUCUUCCAAAUGGCCAAAGCAAACCAGACUUAAAGAGGACCUUUCAUCUGGCAAAAGAUUGUGAACUAAGUGUCAUGAUCUGUAGAGCGGCACCCAGGGAUCUCACUGCACUUACUAUUAUCCCUGG